GAGAAUAACGUACUUCCAAUUCUCUCUCUCUUACUAUCUCGAUUUGAUUUGUCUAUAUUCAACAAAUAAAAAAUAGAGGCAAUUCCAUAACCAAAGUAGAAAUAGAAACGCCAUAGAAAAGAAAAAGUGGCAAAUUUAGAUAAUAAGAGCAUACAAAAAUACAGAGAGAAGAAGAAGCGGGGAAGAGAGAGAAAGAAGAGAGAGAGAGAGCGUGGCCGUUUCAACGGCCACCUCCAUCUCCACCUCACCACACCUAGUUGUCCACUCCUCCAUCGUCCUUAUUCUCUUCCACCCUCCCUAUUUUCUGCUUUCCCCUUUUCCUCCAUUUUCUCGGAAAAUUCCAAAAAGAAAAAUAGAGGGAGGGGGAAAAUCUGGGUUAGCCACACCUCACCACAACACACAAUCCUUCAUAAAAAAUUAGCCGAUUCGUUCCUAUUCUUUCAUUCAGCCUGCAUCACCGUCGAGUUUCCUAUUUCCCCCAAAACAUUAACCCUACGGUGCUUGCAGAGCCAAUCCGAAAAAAUAAAAUAAAAUCAUAAACUCUUGUUUCUUUCGUUUUUGUUUCAACUCAUCAUCCAAUGUCGCCACCGUAGAAACUCCGUAUAUUUAUUUAUUUUGAUAAAUAAAUUGUUCAACUCGGAGAAAGAAGCGAAGAAGAGAAGAUGCAACACAACAUCUUCGCCACAAUGCGUAGCUUGAAGAUUAUGGACGGUUGCAAAGGCACUCAGGUCUACGCCAUCAAUCCUUCCGGCACCGGCGCCGGCGCCGGAGCCGGAGGAGGACUCGGCGAGAAGCUUCUCCAGCACAUCCACGACCACAUCAAAAAUCAAACCCUUCGAACCAAAUCGGGUCGGAACUUCCAACCUCCGAAUCCGACACCCUCUGAGAUUGUCGUCUCUGAGGGUUCCCUCCUCCCUUACGGCCUCCCCAUGACGACGUUUCUAGAGCCCAAAAUUGAGCCAUCGCUAAGGCCCGUCGAUUUUGUCGAAACCCUCGCCGGUGUCUACCGGAGGAUCGAGGAUUGCCCGCAAUUCAACAGGUCGGAGGUUUUCCUGGAGCAGUGCGCCGUCGUGCGUGCUCUCGCGGACCCAAAGCUGUUCCGCCGGAGCCUUCGGUCCGCGCGGGAGCACGCCGUGGACGUGCACACGAAAGUUGUGCUCGCCGCGUGGCUGAGGUAUGAGCGAAGGGAGGACGAGCUCAUUGGCUCGUCCUCGAUGGAUUGUAGCGGAAGGAACCUGGAGUGCCCUAGGGCUACUUUGGUUCCUGGCUAUGAUCCAGAGUCGGUGUAUGAUCCCUGCACUUGCACGCGUGGGGAUGUUGAUAAUGAGACAGUGAUGAUUGUGGAUGAUGAGGAAUGCUCUACCUCGGAGGAGGAGGAGGAGGAGGAGGAGGAGGAGGAGGAUGGUGACAUGUCGUUUUGUAUUGGGGAUGAUGAGAUUAGGUGUAGUAGAUUCAACAUGGCCUCGCUUUCGAGUCCAUUUAAGACAAUGUUGUAUGGUGGAUUCAUAGAGUCGAGGAGGGAGAAGAUAAAUUUUUCGCUGAAUGGGAUUUCGGUUGAGGCAAUGAGGGCUGCUGAGGUGUUUAGUAGGACCAAAAGUUUGGAUCAUUUUGAACCCAAGGUUGUUUUGGAGAUGCUGACUUUGGCGAAUCGGUUUUGUUGUGAGGAGAUGAAGCAUGCUUGUGAUGUGCAUUUGGCAUCUCUGGUUUGUGACAUGGAGGAUGCCUUGUUGCUCGUUGAGUAUGGACUGGAGGAGACCGCGUACCUGCUGGUGGCGGCUUGCUUGCAGGUGUUCCUCAGGGAGCUUCCUGGUUCGAUGCAGUGUUCGAGUAUUGUGAAAAUGUUUUGUAGUCCUGAGGGUAGGGAUAGGUUGGCUUUGGCAGGGCAUGCGUCAUUUGUUUUGUAUUAUUUUUUGAUUCAGAUUGCAAUGGAGGAAGAGAUGAGGUCGAAUAUGACUGUGAUGCUGUUGGAGAGAUUAGUGGAGUGUGCGAAAGAUGGAUGGCAGAAGCAAAUUGCGUUUCACCAAUUAGGCGUUGUUAUGCUUGAGAGAAAAGAAUACAAAGAUGCACAGCAUUGGUUUGAGGCAGCAGUGGAGGCAGGGCAUACUUAUUCUUUGGUGGGAGUUGCAAGGGCCAAAUAUAAGCGUGGUCACACGUAUUCAGCAUAUAAGCUGAUGAACUCGCUUAUUUAUGAUUAUAAACCAGUUGGCUGGAUGUACCAGGAAAGGUCUUUGUAUUGUGUUGGGAAGGAGAAACUGAUGGACUUGAUCUCUGCAACUGAGUUAGAUCCAACACUUUCCUUUCCUUACAAAUACCGGGCUGUUUCUAUGCUGGAGGAGAACAGGAUUGGACAGGCCAUUGCAGAAAUCAAUAAAAUACUUGGUUUUAAGGUUUCUCCAGACUGUCUUGAAUUGAGAGCUUGGUUCUUGAUUGCCAUGGAGGAUUAUGAAGGAGCCCUUAGAGAUGUUCGGGCAAUUUUGACAUUGGAUCCAAAUUAUAAGAUGUUCUAUGGGAAUAUGCACGGGGAUCACUUAAUAGAACUACUCCUUCCGGUUGUUCAGCAAUGGGGUCAGGCUGAUUGCUGGAUGCAGUUGUAUGACCGAUGGUCCACUGUUGAUGACGUUGGUUCUUUGGCUGUUGUACACCAAAUGUUGGCAAAUGACCCAGGGAAAAGUCUUUUACGCUUUCGGCAAUCUCUCCUUCUUCUAAGGUUAAAUUGUCAAAAGGCUGCCAUGCGUAGUUUGCGGCUGGCUAGAAAUCAUUCUACUUCUGACCAUGAAAGGCUUGUCUAUGAAGGAUGGAUAUUGUAUGACACUGGUCAUCGUGAAGAAGCAUUAGCAAAGGCUGAAGAGUCUAUUUCUAUUCAAAGAUCAUUUGAAGCUUACUUUCUUAAAGCUUAUGCUUUAGCUGACUCAAAUCUUGAUUCACAGUCUUCAAAGUAUGUGAUCCAUCUCUUGGAGGAAGCUCUUAGAUGCCCUUCAGAUGGUCUUCGGAAAGGACAAGCACUAAAUAAUCUAGGGAGUGUCUACGUAGACUGUGAUAAAUUGGACCUAGCUGCUGAUUGCUACAUGAAUGCACUCAACAUCAAGCAUACACGAGCACAUCAGGGGUUGGCACGUGUAUAUCAUCUUAAAAAUCAUCGCAAAGCUGCCUAUGAUGAGAUGACAAAGCUUAUAGAAAAGGCCCAGUAUAAUGCAUCAGCUUAUGAGAAACGUUCAGAAUAUUGUGACCGUGACAUGGCAACGAGUGAUCUUAGUAUGGCAUCACAAUUGGAUCCUCUAAGGACUUAUCCCUACAGAUAUAGAGCAGCAGUUUUAAUGGAUGAUCAUAAGGAAGCUGAAGCAAUAGCAGAGCUUUCAAGAGCCAUUGAUUUUAAGCCAGAUCUGCAAUUGUUACAUCUUCGAGCGGCUUUUUAUGAUUCAAUGGGUGAUUUUGUUGCUACAAUCCAGGACUGUGAAGCUGCCCUUUGUCUUGAUCCUGGCCAUACUGAUAGUCUUAAUAUUUGUAAUAGAGCACGGGAGCAGGGUAGAGAACAAAAGUGAGAGUUUGGGAGAUUAAAAAAUCGGGUUUUCUGAGCUAGUGUUCCUGAUGGGGGGACAAGCCUAUUCUUGCCAACCUGUACUGUUUUACUCAUGAAGGUUCAAUAGUCAUCCGUGCUAUUUAUCUGUUAGAUUUCGUCUCCAGAGAUGGUAUGGUCUAUAUUUCUGGAGAGUGAAACCGCAGAAGGGAAAAGAAAAAUUAGAAAGGUCAUUUGGAUUGAAACUGAAGGGGAAGUAGAGGAGCAGGAUAGCUUGUAAAUAUAUGUAAUGACCUGUGUUUUUGUCAGAGUAUGGUCAAGUAGUACAGACAGCUGCUUCUAUGCUCCAGUAUGCCACACCAGCAAGAUUGGUGAUGAGUUACCAGUUAGACAAAACAUGUACAUGAAACCAAUUUGUUAUGUAAGUCCAAGAUUUAGAUAUUUAACAUUAUAUUUUUGGCUCAGCCAUUUGCCAAUUCCCAUUGUGUUAUAACAUUUUUCACUGUUCUCUGUUGUAUAAACACAAUUUUCCCGGGCGACCCUUUUAACAUAUAUCCAACCUAGUAUUCAAGUUUUCAGCAUUUCAUCUGCUUAAUCAAUCUGUAUGUGUUUUCCCU